UCCGGGUUUCCUCUUUCGCCCAGCCGGCUCCGCCCCGCGGCUCCGGUUUCAGCCGCUGCUACAGGGACCCCCAAGAUGGAAACGCAGGGGCUGCUUGGCGCGGUGGAGGCGGCCCAGCCCGAGCCUGGCACCCAACAACAUGGCGGCAGCGUCGCCGGCAACGACGGGGUUCCCUCUUCGGCUCCUUCCGCCUCAGGGCCCGUUCGCCGACAGCCUCAGCGGCGUGACUCGGCCGCAGCAGCAGCACCAGGAGGAGGCCUGGACGUCGCGUUCCCGGUUCUGCUGCUGCUUGAGGGGGAGAAGCCGCCGGAGCCGCCGCCACCAUUGCCGCCACCGCCGCCUCCUCAACUGCCGGCGGCGCCGCCAGGACCCUCCGCCGCUACCUUCGCUGCUCUUCAGCCGGGCGCUGGGGGCCCCGGGCAGCAGGACAGUGACGCGCUGCUGCUGGUGCUCAACUUGGUGCGGGGCGGGGCCUCCGGGAGUCUCUCGGGCGGCCCCCCUCAGGACCCGCCGCCGCCGCAGCAGAAGAACGCGGGCAGCAGCCGAGGGGGAGGCGAGGCGCCGCUUUCGGCCCCUUCCGAGGCGGGUGGGCGCCAGCAGAAGCACCCGCAAGAGGACUCGGGCGCCGGCUCUUCCUUCUCCGGCACCCUGACUAUCAACAACCAGAGCCUGCUGGUGCGCUUCGAAAACGGCCUCCUCAGCCUCGGGGGCCCCGCGCCGCCUCAGCCCCCCAGCUCCGCCGCCGAGACUCCCGCCUCUGCGCCAGCCUCAGGCAGCGGUGGCGGCCAGGCACGCACUGCCGCGGCCUAUCCCUGCCCUGAGCCCCGCUGCGCUGAGAUCUUCUCCCGCAAGCAGUUGCUGCGGCUGCACCGGUUGUCGGCGCAUGGCGCAAACACCACGGCGCCUCAGAAUGGCGGCGGCGGAGGAGGAGGAGGAGGAGAAGCGGAAGCCUCUGCCGGCUCGGGCCGGUCGGCGCGUCCAUUUUGCUGCCCGGUUCCCGGCUGCGCUUGGGCUUUCGCCACCGCCUACAAGCUGCGGCGCCACCUGCACUCGCACGACAAGCUGCGGCCCUUCGCUUGCUCCGUGCCCGGCUGCACCAAACGCUUCACCACCAUCUACAACUUGCGGGCGCACGGCCGGGCCCACGAACAGGAGGCGGCGCACAAGUGCGAGGCCUGCGGGCAGCGCUUCCCCAGCGCUGCCCGCCUCGGGGCGCAUCAGCGGCGGAGCCAUCUGGAACCCGACCGGCCUUACCGGUGCGAGUAUCCAGGUUGCGAAAGGACCUUCAUAACAGUGAGUGCAUUGUUUUCCCAUAAUCGAGUCCACUUCAGAGAACAAGAACUGUUCUCCUGUUCAUUCCCAGGAUGUAGCAAGCAGUAUGACAAAGCCUGCCGACUGAAAAUCCACAUGAGAAGUCACACAGGUGAAAGGCCUUUCAUUUGUGAUUUUGAAGGUUGUGGAUGGUCUUUUACCAGCAUGUCCAAGCUAUUAAGACACAAAAGGAAACAUGAAGAUGACAGGCGAUUUACGUGUUCUGUAGAAGGCUGUGGAAAAUCCUUCACAAGAGCAGAACACUUGAAAGGCCAUAGUAUAACUCACCUUGGCACAAAGCCAUUUGAGUGUCCAGUAGAAGGUUGUUGUGCAAAGUUUUCCGCACGCAGUAGUCUCUACAUUCACUCCAAAAAGCACCUUCAGGAUGUGGACUCAUUGAAGACCCGCUGCCCCGUAUCUAGCUGUAAUAAAUUGUUUACUUCCAAGCAUAGUAUGAAAACGCACAUGGUCAAACAACACAACUUCAGUGCAGAUCUCUUAAAUCAAAUGGAAACUAUCAGUUCCCUCACGCCUAGCAGUGAACUCACCAAUUCAGGACAAAAUGAUCUCAGCAAUAUAGAUCUUGUGUCGCUUUUUUCCAGUGUAUCAGGGAACAGUUCUGGAAUUUCAACUGAUAUGGCUCUGACAAACUCUGGAAUUCUCACUAUAGAUGUUGCUUCUGUGGGCUCCACUCUUGGGGGCAAUCUUUCUGUUGGUAGCAAUUCUCUUGGUCAGACAGUUGACCCGCUUAUUUUAGUGGCUAGUAGUGACAUUCCACACAGCCUGGAUAGCUCUCUUCUCUUGGGAUCCAAUGCCACAGUUUUACAGCAAAGCACUUUAAAUUUGGAUGAUGUACAGACUGUAAAUGCACAGGCCUUAGGCUCACUAGCAUCUUUGUCCACAAAGAAUUCCAAUCAAGAUUUGCAUGGUUUGACCUCCAGCAAUAACUUUUCUAUAGACACAGCCACUUUGACCCCUUCCAGCAACCUUGGUGGAAACAAUGCUCCUGAAUUACUGGCUUCAAGUAAAGCAGAACAGACUUUGCUUCCUAGCCUGGAUGUUGUGGGACAGCAAGAAGGCAGUAAAGUGGUGACUCAGUUUGUGUUCUCCAACCCUCCAGGAAGUUACAGUGCACAGAAAGAAACUGAUCUGAGCAUGGUGACUGGCAGCUCCUUUCUGGAGAGUGGUGGGUCUGCAAGAACUGAUUAUAGAGCCAUUCAGCUUGCCAAGAAAAGGAAACAGAAAGGAAAUGAGAGCGACAUAGGAGCCCCUACCUCUGGCAUAAGAAAAGGCAAAGGAGAUAAAAUUAGUCCUUCUAGUCAUGGGACUCGGUUGUGUAACAGUGUUUUGCCAAAUGGAGGCUUACCAGUAAGAGAGUCACCAGCUGGCACACAGUAUGUUCAGAUGCCACUACUUCAGGAUGAUUCCCCAGGAGAGGGAGAUCUUCCUUUCCAGCUCAGUUCUCAGUCCUCCUCUUCACAUUCACAGCUGACAGUGGACUUGCCUGUUCAUAUUCUUCAGGAACCUCACAAUUCCAAUGAAGAAGAUGCCAGUUCCGAUAAUUCUCAAUUUACAGGAAGUACCAUUAAUUUACAAGAUCUGGAAUGAUAGUCUUUGGAACAGAAACAUCAAAAUGUUUACAAAAUGCAGCAGUGUCUUGAGAAUAGAAGAGUAUAUUCCUUCUUUUAAAAGAAAAAUAGGAGCACACACUCAUCAGUACUGCCUUGUGGUUUGCUUGAUGGUUAUAGUGCAAUGAAAAUCUUGUUCAGUAUAUUUUAUUUGAUAAGGCUCUUGGAAAUCUUGGUAUGUUCUCUCUUGUGAUCAGAAAAAGGUGCUUGUAUGUGAGUGAGAUCUUAAUUUGAGUUAUGCCAUAGAUGUUUUAAAAUACUUCCUUGGAUUAGCUUGUACUGGAAUGGAUAUCCUCAGUGAUACUUCUACUGACCCAAUAUUGAAAUGCAGUAACAGUUACACUUGUUUGUUUUUAAUCUGUUUUGCUACAAGUGAAUGGUGGUAGGUGUCCCAAGCCAAAUACAGAACUAAAAUGAGUUGAAGGCUGCUCUCUUUCCACAAACUGCUUUUUGUUAAUAGUGUUGAAGAAUACAGUUGUAAGGAGACUAAUGCAAAGGAAAAUAGUACAGUGCUCAGGAAUAGCACACAUUGAAGUUUAGUUGUUUCUUGUUGCCUCCUUCCCUGAUAAUCUGCAUUUUUUUCUGCAGAUCUUGGAUAUGGCAGCUAUACUGCCUACUCUGCAUUGAGUAGUCAGAUAAUGAUCCUCAGAUCUUAGAAAACAAGUAAAAAUGGCUCACUUUAGGAGGCUUUUGUGUAGAUGGUGGCUCCUACCCCUUUGAUUAUGUUUACAGUAAUACAAAACAGUGUAUUAACAGUGCCAAUUCAUCUGAAGCUGCCACUUCUUAAUUACAUACAGUCCAAUCCUGUGCAUGUUUACUCAGAAGUAAGUCUUACUGAGUUCAAUGGAUUUUACUUGGAAGUAAGAGUAGAAACUAUUGCACCUUGACCUGUUUGCCACUCACAUAUAUACUUAACUGCUGAGUUGCACAGAGCCUCCAGAUAGUGUCCUAAAGUGUGAUACGUGAAGGGAAAUGAAUUUUUGCCUGAGCAGGAAAGUGUAUUUUAACUAAAUAGGAAGCUGACUUUUUACAGAAACAGCAGACUAAGCAUUAAUGUUAUUUUCAUGAUGUGCCCAAAUGACUAUAACAUUAUAAAUAGGAUUCUUUUAGAGCAUGGUGUCUGUGGAUUUUUCUUCCCAUUAAGUGAGAGUGCAUAUGUGCUUCCGUUUUUUUACAAAGUAAGAGGUCCCACAGAUAAACACCUUCUAUCCAAGUUUUCAUAUAUUUAUUUGCAACCAUGGAAUGCCAUAAGAAAUAUGAAGAUGACAGUGUUUGGAAACAAACUUCCAUAGGUUGAUCCUCUCCCACAUUGUAUUAUGCAUUAGCCCAAAUGUUAGCAAAGUUUGGGCAUGGUUGAGAAUGAGAUUGCCCUAUUUUACUACACCGCUUACCUAAACUUACUUAAGGACAAAAGCAAUGAAAAGAGGUUAAUGACAGAACUUUUAACUGGGCCUGAAGAAUACAGUAGAGGCAGUAUCUUCAGUGCUGGGAACUUUUACUAGAGACGCCAGGAAGUCUGUCAAACUUGGAGGAGAUAGACUUUGACUUGUCUUGGUCUCAGACUUGAUUGGGAAGAUGAGAAGGCCAGAAUGGCCUUGAAAAUAGAAUUUUAAGAGUAUUAAUAUUUAUUAUUUUGGAGAAUGAAUCUUUUAGCCUAUUUCAAAUUUGAGAGGCAGGGUUUACCUAUCACUUGUUUAAAAUGUGGUAAUUAAUUCCUGUGCCUUUUGAACUCCUAUUUCCAGGAUAAUGCAGUUGUUUGAGAUUGAAAUAAUUUUAGAAAUUAGCUCACUUCAGAUUCUGAUUUUCUGGUAUUAUCUUUAAAAAUGUAAUCUUGCUGAACCCGAUGUAUUGUCGAAGGCUUUCACGGCCGGAGAACGAUGGUUGUUGGGUGUUUUCCGGGCUAUAUUGCCGUGGUCUUGGCAUUGUAGUUCCUGACGUUUCGCCAGCA